GGUUUCAUGUCUUCUGUACGACACGUGGUGUUGCAAAAAGGUGUGUCUGGAUAUGGAUUUUUAUUAAGAGAUGAACGCCCCUGUGUGGUGGACUGCGUGUUUCCUGGUUCUGCCGCGGAGCAAGCACAAAUGCACCCCGGGGAUUUGUUACUUUCAAUAAAUGGGUUCAACGUAACGGACAGGUCGCAUGAUGAAGUCUUUUCCCUAAUUUGCUCUACCACGCCGCUACUGGAGUUGUCUCUGUUAGCUUGUGAUGAACUAUCUACACGGCAUUUUCAACAUUAUUAUUCCGAUUUAUCUCAGCUUCAUUUGGCGACAUCUAAGUCACCUCUGUUCUUGUACAAUUCGGCUGUUUCUCAUCACAAGCGGUCAUUUAUAGUCAAGCGCAUUGGAAAACUAGCAUUCGAUUCACACAUGGAGAUGAAACACAGCCAACUGAUUCGAAGACUAAUCCCCUUAAAAUUGAAGGCUGACCAGGCUCUUAAAGAGGACUGUCCUUUGGAUACCUAUUGUCUCUUCGAACUUUUCUCAGAUUGUUUAAGGAUCCAUUUGACGUCGAGAUCAUUAGGAUACUGCAACAGCGAUCUCAUAUUCACUGGCACUAUUGAAGAAGACCGACGAUUUUUUUAUCUUUUGGUUCACGGUAGAUGCAGACAACCUUAUGAUGGAAGUGAUGCCGCAGCUCAGCCUAGUGCAGACUCAAGGGUCACCUUAUGCUACUUAUUUCGGUGUCUGCCUCCGAAGUUGUUGGGACAUCGCAGCCAUUCGGAUAUAACGGAGAAGUUUGGCGUUACUUGCCAUCGAGACAAGUUAACUGGAGAGUGCGCCGAAUUUCCACGAACUGUCGCUCCGCUGGUGACGGAUUUGCUAAGUAUCAUCAAUUGUGCAUCAUAUCCACGGACUAGGUUUGCAGAAACCGCCAGCCAAUGGGACUCCUCUAUCCCGUACCGUAUUGGAACAAACUAUGGAACGGAUCACGGCUUAUCGACUGAUCAACCGCCAAGGACUGCAAAUACUUCUACAACAGCAACUCCAUGUCCCAAUUUCAAGCGACCUGCCACACCUCCGCGGACAUCGUCCGCUCAUCUGCUUGGCAAGUUUGCGAAAGCUGCUAGCUACCUGAAACUCCGAUGGAAUGACAAGCGGUGCUCUUCGGUUCAGUCCCCAGUGACUCCUUAUGCUAGGAAUCCGAAAUCCAUGGCAAAAUCAACCUUGCGGCACUCGGUUGCAACCACAUCUGCAAAUCUCACUGAUACACCAACGCCAGUCUGUGUCACUCCGAUCGGCAUCCCCAAACAGCAUACUGGAAUCCGUACCAGGUCUUCUACGUCGAUUGAGUCGCAGCAUUCCACCAUCUCUACCUCCCCCUCUAGAACGGUCCCAUUGUACACGGAUUUCGAUUCGUUGCUCGCUGACCCUCUUGGGUUAAAAAAUUUCGAGGCUUUCCUGGCUUCUGAGUUCAGUGCCGAGAACAUCCACUUCUGGCGUGAAAUACGAAGAUGGCGCACCGAAUUCCCCAUGUUGAAUGUUAAAGCGGAAUGUUUACGGAUAUUCUCUCACUUCAUCGAUCCGUGUUCACCGAAUGCCGUGAAUGUUGAUGACAUUGCAGUGAAGCAAGCAACUGCCCACCUGCAAUGUCCUACCAGGGAUAUGUUUUCCGAAGCAGAGAAUCAAGUUUACCGACUGAUGAAAACAGACUCAUUUCCGCGCUUCUUGGCCUCAUCCAGAUGUUCUAUGAUGUUGUCAGCCGAUGAUCAAUAUUCACACAGAGACAGGACUCAAUCUCUUGAUGUUACGGGAAGUAAGGGAAAGAAGACCACCAGUCGCAAACCUGUCAUUUCCACACCCGCUGCACGUAUGCUCUCUCUGGACACUACAACGCUGGGAGUCGAUACACCAAUUUGCAAGACUCUGGUCCCUUUGCGCUCGAAUAACUUAAAAGGUUGCAUAAGGUCCAAUAUAUCCUCCUUCAGGAAGGACUUUCGUGCUCGCGUCCUCCACGAUCGCUCGAACUUGCAAUCCUGAUGUUAAGCUUCCUUUUCCCACCAAAAGGAACAUCAAGGAAUCGCAGCGUUCUAACUCGAAAUCGAUCAAACCUGUACUUUUCUCGAUCGCUCAUGAUUUGAUUCUUCCCAGUGAAUGUCAGUUGUUGGACACGCGAUCCUGAUCGCGAGAUCUCCAACAUAUAUCCGACUCGGUGACAGAAUUUCGUUAAAAAUUCACGAACCCUAUUCUUAUAUUCUUUGUCUAUAUUGCCCAUC